AUGUCUUCUGCAACUCCAUUGCCACAAAAAUUUCGAUAUAUAUCUCUUGGAAGUUCCUGCAUGUCUGUAGUAAUUUCAGCCAUCUUUUUCUUGCUUCUAACUCUCCUGUAUACCCAAAAUUGUACCCAAUCUUUUGGUCUGUUUAAUCCCAUUGAACUCAAAUGGUCAACUUCACCGGAUAAUAAUAGCACUUCUCCUAUCAACUUUCCUACAGACAUUAGCCACAUUAAGUUCAUAUUAGUCAGCUCCAAAAAGACCUGGAAGUCUAGAAAACCAUACAUUGAAGCCUGGUGGCGAUCAAAUCAAACUAGGGGAAAUAUUUUUUUUGAUUCACCUCCCGCAAAAGACUUGUUGCCUUGGCCUUUGUCUCUUCCUCCAUUCCGGGUCAAUGAAGACGUCAAGAAGCUAAGUGUGCAUCGUAAGCUUGUUGUUCCUGAAGCAGCUCGUAUCUUUCGUUCAGUUCUGGAGACAUUUAGGCUAGGAGACAACGAAAAAGUGAGAUGGUAUGUAAUGGGGGAUGAUGACACUCUUUUUUUGGUACAUAAUUUGGUUGAGGUACUAGGAAAAUACGAUCACACCCAAUAUUAUUACAUUGGGAUGACUUCGGAGGCUAUUAAGUCUAAUUUCGACUUCUCCUUCAAUAUGGCGUAUGGUGGAGGUGGUUAUGCUUUGAGCUACUCCUUGGUAGAAGCACUGGCGCCCACUAUCGAUGAAUGUAUUGAGAGAUACCCUCACUUGCGUGUUAGUGAUCAAUUAUUGUCUUCUUGUUUGGCUGAUUUGGGAGUUGAUCUCACCAUCGAAAAGGGUUUUCACCAGAUUGAUUUACAUGGUGAUAUAUCAGGUCUCCUAUCGUCUCACACUCAGUCUCCUCUUGUCUCACUUCACCAUUUGGACGGUAUAGACCCACUCUUCCCCUCCAAGAACCGCUCUGAAUCGAUUAACCAUCUCAUGGAAGCUGCAAGCUUUGAUCAAUCUCGCCUGCUACAACAAACAAUCUGCUACCACAGGCCAACCAACUGGACUUUCUCAGUGUCAUGGGGCUACUCGGUUCUUACAUAUGAAAACAUAAUCCCUCGGAGUGUUCUAAGGAAUCCCCUUGAGACAUUUGCACCGUUCAAGAAAUCUGUUAGGCCUCCGUUGUACAUGUUUGACACGCGGCUUCCCUCUAAUGAUCCCUGCCAAACUCCUCGUCUCUUCUUUUUAGAAUCUGUCAAGAAUACUGAACGCAACCAAGUUCUCACUACAUACAGUCGAACAUCAGAGCACAAUCUGCCACCUUGUUUAUCAAGUGGCAAUCAUUCUGCGGAUCCCAUCACCAAGAUUCAUGUUGUUUUACAGGCAACAAGGCGUAAGCAGGCUGCAAAAGUAGAAUGCUGCGAUGUCAAAUACGUUGGUGGUGCCAAUGUUGCAGGCAUCAAGUUAAGGCCCUGUAUGAGCGGUGAAGUAAUUGCCUAG